GCGACUUUGGAAGAAUGCGACAUGUUCCACUUGUGAGAGUCAUGCGGGCGUUCAGGCUGCUUCGGAGGAAAAUCCACACCUGUCUGUCUCCCAGGUACCGAUGCCACGUCUACUUCACCGCCGUCACACUCCUCAUCGUGGCCGUCCACCACACGGGGGAGAAAGUGGAAAGGUGGAGCCAAGAGCAGUCUCUCCAGUUCCAUGAGGUGUUUGAUCCACACCAAAACUAUGACAACUGUACAUCGUUCCACAGCAGAGAGUGCACGCCCAUGCCGGUGGAUCUGGUCUACACGUGGGUGAACGGCUCAGACGUGACACUGCUGAGGGGCCUGGCGGUGGCCAAAGCGCAACUGGCGGAGGAACUGGGGGAGAAACCCGAAUGCCCGCUGGCCCGUUGCAUUCCGGCGCCCGUGCUGGUGCUUGACCCCGCCCUUCCGGCCAACAUCACGGUUAACGAGCUAGCCUCGCUGUCGCCCUCCCUUUCAACUGCGAAGGCACUGCUGCAGCUCAACAAACCGCUCCAACCUGUCUCUGCUGUCGUCUUCCACUCGUUGGCUGACGCUGACAAGGCAUUGGCGGGUCUGCUCCGUGAAGGCCAGACAUUCUCGGUCUCCAGAAGUUACCUGACCACGGACAACGAGGCUCCGGGUCUGAUCCAAAUGGACACUAUGGCUUAUCUGAGCGGAUUCCCGGGGUCCUUGAAGGUUUCGGAGGAGCUGCGAGCCAAACUACCGGCCGCCGUCACUGACAAGAUCACUGCGGUAAAACUUCUUGUCUCCAAGGUUGAGGUGUACCCCGAAGCCGGCAUCGCGUUGCUCCACCUGAGAAGUCCGAAGCACUUGACUGAUCUCCUGCAGGAGGCGGAAAAACAACUGAUGCUGGAUGAGAACAAGCUGGCCAUCGGCCCCGUGUACUUGUUCUGGCACCUGAGUGCCAUCAUGAAGUUUUCACAGAUGCACCCUGACCUCACAAAGAAAGAGACCAAAGAUUUUCUGAAAGCCAGUCGCUUCGAGGACAAUGAUGCACUCCGCCAUUCGUUGCGCUCCGUGGAGAAAUACGCCCCCUGGGUGCGACACAUCUUCAUCGUCACCAACGGACAGAUUCCCUUCUGGCUCGACCUGGAGAACCCCCGAGUUUCAGUUGUGACACAUCAGGAAAUCUUCUUGAACCCCAGCCACCUCCCGACCUUCAGCUCCCCGGCGAUAGAAAGCAACCUCCACCGCAUCCCGGGAAUCUCUCAGAAGUUCAUAUACCUCAACGAUGACGUCAUGUUUGGCAAAGACGUCUGGGUGGACGACUUCUACACGCCAUCGAAAGGACAGAAAGUCUAUCUCUCCUGGGGUAUUCCCACUUGUUCCAAGGGCUGCAGAGGAAUCAUGGUCGGCAACAGACGCUGUGAUCAGGCAUGCAACAACCUUGCCUGUCAAUGGGACGGAGGAGACUGCAAAGCAAGGAAACGCAGAUCUGUACGCAGUGUUGGGAUUCAGAGUGUCAGAACCACUAUUGGAGGUCAGGUUCCUCAAGCUAACAUAUCUCAGAACGCCAUCCAAAAGCAAUCACCGACACCGGUAUCAGAAUUCGUGAAUGAGGCGACAGCUCCACAGCCCGGCCCCUCUAAGAAAAUUGUUCUACCCUGGUACCAAAUGGAGGACUUUGAGGACCUACUGAAAGAAAACGAGCGUCUAGAAACGUAUGACACCAACGGUGCUGCCGUCGGACGAAAGCUCCAAGAUAGUUUCGGUGCUUCUUUAAGCUACGUCGAUAGGCUGUACAAUCGCAAAUUUGGCGUCAUGUCCCGAAAAGUGAUUGCACACACGCCGCAUAUGAUUGACAAGCUAAUCAUGCAGGAGCUACAAGACACAUUCCCAAAAGAAUUUGAGAAGACGUCGAGCCAUUACUUACGUCACUCGGACGACAUGCAGUUUGCCUUUUCGUAUUUUUACUUCCUGAUGAGCAUCAAGCAGCAGGCGAAUAUUUCAGAGCUGUUUGACACAACGGACAAGGACCGGUCUGGCGUUCUGUCAGAUAGCGAGAUUGAAGCUCUCGCCGCGAGAAUCUACAAGAAGCCGCUUCUCCCUACGGACUUGAUAAAUUUAGCUAAUGAGUUAAUCACCUGCUCGAAAACGCGACCCAAAGAAGUAAACCAAAUGAACCGAGUGAAAUCCCAUCAGGAGGUCUACAAAAACCAGAACAUGCCUCAGAUCACAAAAGAUCUGGUCCUGAACUGCAAGCCCGUCACGGAUCGUAUUCGUCAAGCCUUCCCAGACCAGAAGAAAUACAAGUAUCAGAUCAUGGGAGAGCAGGAGAUACAUUUUAAGCUAAUCAAGAACGACAGGGCCAUGAACGUUCUUCAUUUCAAAGACAUUCGGGACAAUGACAAAAAGUUCAUCUGCUUGAACGAUGACAUCGAUCACAGCAAAAGCAACGCCGCCGAAGUGAAAGCAAUGCUGGCAGAGUUCUACAAGGAGAUGUUCCCUCAGCCAUCCCAGUAUGAAUUACCCAAAAACAACAGUAACAGGUUCCUGCAUAUGGAUGAUCUCCAGGAAUGGAACGCUUACCAGGACAAGCUGAAGUUCUACAGAUACUCUGCCGCCGUGGUCCUCAUCAUCUUCAGCCUCAGGUUACUGUCCAAGAAGAUGACUCAACUGAAACGAAAGUUGCUGCACAGAAGCAAACGGUUCAAGUACUAAGAAACGUUAGCAGAUCACAAUCGGUCUUUACGUACCACGACAAGCGGAAUUGCACGAUUAUCUGUCCAUCCAUACAUAUACAACAUACGGGGGCAGGAACGACAGGAUGGUCAAUGGAAAAGGGAGAGGAAAGGGAAGUAUGGGAAGUAUGGGAAGAACAAGACCGUUUUCCAAACUGAACUCCAUCAGGGAAGUACAGUACGGGACAGUCCAAAAGACAAUGUAGACCUCCCAGCCAAAGUAGCGGAUCCAAUCUCAGAAGAUCCUAAACGUUCUGAUGUUGAGUGAAAUCUAAUAUCUAUAAGUGGACUGAGGACCAAGUCCCAGAAAGUCACUUCCUGGUGAGCUGUGACUCCUUUUUGGAAUGUUUUUGGAUAGCAUUGUUUUAGCUUUUUUACUUGUAUCGGACCAUGUAAUGUUGUCAUGUUGGAAAUAAAGAACUUUUUACAUCCA